AUGGCAACCUCAGAGCCCUCCACAGCCGUCGGAUUCUUCGACCUACCACCCGAGAUCAGGAACAUGGUCUACCAUCUUGCACUGCCAGAGGAGAAGCUCGUGGGCCUCCCUCGCUAUAAGUUCUAUGAUCCACUCGAGCGGCCGAAAGGUGCUGCGAAGCCAUUUCUCAGCCUCCGCAGAGUCAACCGCCAGUUCCGCGAUGAGAUCACCCCAAUGCUCUACGACCACCUUGCCUUCGAAUUCUACGAUGCCAGAAAUUUCAAGAGGUGGAUCAACUAUCCUUGGGGUCUAAAGCAGCAUGUCAAAAAUAUCACUUUUGAUAUCUAUGCGCUGGCACAGAUCCGCAGUGUCCUUCACGAAUUCAAAACGACUGCUAUCUCGCUACAAACUAUCACCUUUGUCAUGCAUACGUGGAACCACGAAGCCAUCAGGCCUUUCACCGUGUAUGCGGCCGCUUUCGUGCCGUUUCUCCGGGCUGUGCGCAAAGCAGACAAGACUGGAUUAAGCAACCAAGCGUUGGUAGACUUGAUCGCCAUCCAGCCGCUACGCCAGUCUGGGAGCUACACUCCACUCCCCAAAUUCGAUGAAGAGGCUGAGAAGACGUUUCGAAAGUAUGAAGCCGAUGUCAAGGCGGAGAUGAUAAGAUUGUUGGGUUGA